GAAAAAAAAAUUCAAAGGAUAAGAAAAUCUCAACUCCGGAGGUAAGAAGAACCACCACCGUAUUAACGGCUACGACAGAGAGAGCUAAGCUGUACCAGCACUGAAAGUCUCCGUCUCACCGCCACCGGAGUUCGGAUCUUAUGGAAAUUACUUCAAUUCCACCAACUAACCCGUAAUCAUCCAAUGGCUACCUUAACACGUGUCCCUUUGAUCUUCUCUUGCCCUUCUCCUCCUCGUCGUCCUCCUCCUCGUAAAUACGCAUGCAUGCCUACUACACUUCCAGAAUCUUCUACUCUUUCAUUUCGCUCUUUUUCUUUUUCCUUCUUUGCACCAUUUCUCUCAACACCUCAUAAUAAGAGCAACAAGAGUUUCAGGAGACUUAGAGCAGUUUCAGCGUCAAUGGCGGAUUCGCGUCCAAGCACUGUUCUUGUCACUGGAGCUGGUGGCAGAACUGGUUCAAUAGUUUAUAGGAAAUUAAAGGAGAGGUCUGGGCAAUAUGUUGCAAGAGGUUUGGUCAGAACUGAAGAGAGUAAAGAGAAAAUUGGUGGAGCAAAGGAUGUUUAUGUUGGGGAUAUAAGGGAAGCAGAAAGUAUUGCUCCUGCUAUCCAAGGAAUUGAUGCUCUCAUAAUUCUUACAAGUGCAGUUCCAAAAAUGAAACAUGGGUUUGAUCCAUCUAAAGGUGAAAGGCCUGAGUUUUAUUAUGAAGAUGGAGCUUAUCCUGAACAGGUUGACUGGAUUGGUCAGAAAUAUCAAAUAGAUGCUGCUAAGGAUGCGGGAGUGAAGCACAUUGUGUUGGUUGGAUCUAUGGGUGGGACAAAUCCAAAUAAUCCCUUGAACAGUUUGGGCAAUGGGAAUAUAUUGAUUUGGAAGAGAAAGGCUGAACAGUAUUUAGCUGAUUCUGGCAUUCCAUACACAAUUAUAAGGGCUGGAGGCCUGCAAGACAAAGAGGGAGGUAUCCGAGAAUUACUUGUUGGGAAGGAUGAUGAGCUUCUUCAGACGGAGACAAGAACCAUUGCAAGGGCUGAUGUUGCAGAAGUCUGCAUUCAGGCAUUACAAUUCGAAGAAGCUAAAUUCAAGGCAAUUGACUUGGCCUCAAAGCCAGAAGGAACAGGCACUCCAACCAAAGAUUUUAAGGCUCUCUUUUCCCAAGUCACUGCUCGAUUUUGAUUCUCAGUUGACCAUUUUUACCGGUCUUGGAUGGAUGUAUUAUUUUGCGUUUUAACAUCAGAACAUGGUAGCAAUUCAGUUUUUACUUUCCUUCAAGAGUUGCUGUCUGUUGAUUAGGAGAACGAACAUGAUGAGUGGUAAAGCAUAUCAUAUCAGCUAUUACGUUCUAAAUUUUAAGUUUUAAAUGAGCUUUAUAUUUGGAGUUCAAA